ACAAGGCAAAGCGGUUCAGCCAGCAAAAUACGAAAAAUGGCGGAGAACGGGAAUCCUAGUAAGGAGGGAGACCAGCUAGACUUCAGCGCUGAUACACCAGUCCCUGCAGCUGAAGUGCUGAUUGACUUGAAAGAGUCAGCUCGCAGGAGGUGGAGCCAAGAGACAGCGGCGGCAAAACCCCUGAGGUCAUCUCCUCGUACCAGGAAGACAGCUACUGCCUCUCCGCGCAGGAAUCCCAGCAAACAUGUCCAUCGUCGCGAGGCAUCCAACGACUCUUCGGGACUCCACAACAGUGGUAGUGAGGAGGAGGAGGAGGGGGAGGGGGGAGAGAGGGAGGGUGGGAGGUGGGUUGGGGAAGGUCAGAUUGAAGAUGGAGGAAGCAACAGUGAGGGAGAAGGAAAGCCUCCACAAAAGAAAGCUAAGAGGUUAGCGAGGCAGCGCGUGAACAAAACUCAGUUGGAUGCCAGACCCGACCAAGCCACAUUAGUAACACUUCACUCUGUGAGCAGUAAACUGCGAAACCUUCUGAAACUACCCAAGGCCCACAAGUGGUGCUACUAUGAGUGGUUCUACUCUGACGUGGACCAGCCUUUACUUGAGAGGGAGAAUGACUUUUGUCGAUGUCUGUCUGAAAUGUUCCCUGAUCUAAAGACCCACAGACUGACGAGGGUCCAGUGGCGCUACCUCCGUCGGCUGAUGGGGAAGCCACGUCGCUGCUCUCCGACCUUCUUCUCGGAAGAGAGAGCUCUCCUGGAGCACCGCAGGAGGAGAGUCAGGAGUCUGCAGCAGCAGAUCCACCAGGGAAUGAUCUGUGGUCCUGACUUUGCUGCCUAUAAGGAUGUUCCAGACUACAUCCCACAGCUACUGGUAGUUGGAACACCAGUCACGGCCCGACUGCACACGGAGAAGGAGAGUGGGUUCUACACGGGGAGGAUAGAGGCAGUGGACCUGGACCGCCACCAGUACUGGGUCACCUUCGACAGACCUGGCCUCGGGAAACACUCCAUCCCAGACACUGAGAUCAAGGCGGCCAGUCCCCCAGAGUACAUCUGUGUGUCAAAACUAGAGUCAUCUCACCAGGCCCACUGGAACCACCACGCCUCUGCCAACAAGGACCACCAGCGGACCACUCCGGUCUCUACCACCACUGCCACCACCACCACCCCCCACUCCUCUUCAACCACCACUACCCUUCAUCCACAAACACCGCCCAGACCAAUCCUAUCUGAUUCUACGAGUAAUGUUCAAAUUGUCCUUUCCCCUGAACUGCUGCCUGACCCUUUCCUGACUUCUUCUCCUGAGAGAAGAAAGCUCUUGAGUGAACCCCAAAGACUGCCAGGUAGUUCAGUGCCUUCAAAGCCAGCAAUACCUGAACGUGUCGGAGGCUUUCCUGUCGACUUUCUCAGACAAGUGAUGCAGUUGUCAAAGCUCCUGUCACUCAAGCAGCAGGUCACCAGAACACUCUCACAGAUGAACACCGAGGCCGAGAAGGCACAUGCGAGGCAGAAGCCACUGGGAACCGACUUUCAAAGACAGUAUGCUGUUCUAGUUGUGGACCUAGACGACAUCAACAAGCAACUGAACCAGAGGCUGGAUGCAAUUCGUGGUCACUGUGACUCCAUGGGCUACGGGAGUGAGAUCAACCCUCCACACAUGAACACCCGAGACCAGGCCUCCAGGAUCACUGAGAGUGCCAACAACAGUCUAGAGGCUUCUGGAAGUGAAGUGAAGGAUCCACGGGUUAUUGCUCUCAUCACCAAACUCACUGGACUCCUACUGCAGAUUGAGGCUCUGUCAGAGUCAGCUAAUUCUCUACAAGUCAACACUCUCUCUCAGUCAGUGGAGGAGAUUUCUCACUGUAUCCAGCCACUCAACAGGAGUCAUUUCCGUGAUAAUGUGGAGACACCAGUGACCUUUGUACAGUCGGGAAUGAGUCCAGUAGGAACACUGCAUGCAUUCUCAGCCAUGAGACCCGCCCAUCACAGAUCAUUCACCUCCAGCAGCAGAACUAGCAACACGACUUGAGCUUUAUGAUUGUGUAUGUUUGUGCAGUGUUGUUAUGAAAAAUACAUUCACUGUUGGUGUUUGCUUUGUUUAUGGAACACUGUCAUGACCUAUUUUUUAUCUUCAUGUAAAUUUCAUGCUAAUAAUGCCACACAUCGUUAAUAUUUUCCUUGGCAAACACUAAGUAUAUGUAAAAAGGAGUAAAACCCAUGUUUUCCUGUCAUUGAUCACCAUCCUCUUUUGCAAUCACAGCACCCUAGCCCCCAUGUUCCCCUUCCAAGAAGAUAUCCUGCAAACUUCGGCAUCUUCAUAAAUAUCCUCGAUGUGCCCUUCCCAAUCUUGCAGGAACCGGGCCUGCUUUCUUGCACGUUGGAUGGCAUGCUCUGUAGCUGUAGUCUGUAUCGUCUCCUUCUCAAGAGCAUCUAUCUUCUCUUCUGAUGAUAGUUUUAGCCUGGGCAAGCUUGCAUUGCAAUUCUUCAAAUUUGUUAGCCAUCUCAUUGAACUUUUCCACUGCUUGGUUCACAGUGCCAUCAGUGUCUUCGCUUACAAUCCUGUUUUCUGUCGAAUGAAAGAGUUCUUCUUCGUCCAACAAGUUUUCCCAGACUCUUGAAACAUUCAGAUAUAUUUGCCUGCUCAGAAACGUUCAAUGUGUCUCUGAACUCUGUAAAAAUGGCUGUGGAUAUCGACUCGCAUUGCAAACGUUGUUUCAUACUCCUGGUCAUGACCCGCAAGUGCUCGAUGUCGUAGAAAGGACUCCUUGAGAACUACCGGAGGUCCUACUUCCCUUUCAAUGUCAGCCUUUGAGAAGGUGUAGUCCCAGGGACAUCUUUCAGCAGGUACAUCUUGCUCACCAUUUUCUGCUGGUACUUCUUCGUUUCUCUCCUCUGCUGGUACUUCUUCGUUUCCCUCCUCUGCUGGUACUUCUUCGUUUCUCUCCUCUGCUAGAUCAGUACCGCUCCACCAGCGAAGGAAUCUGCUGCCCACUGUACCCAUAGCCACAGCCUCGAGAGCGCAACACUAGAAAAAAACAUUACGUCGUCGAAAUGGCGGG